CGGCCGGAAGCGCGACGUGGGUGCGCGGUGCAGUUGCUAUGGGAACUGAACUGCCGCCUGGGAGCCCAGACUGGGUGGAUUUCCGGAUCUUGGAAUGAACUUUGCAAAAGAGGAACUAGAGUUGCCUGCGAUUCUCCUGCUGGAUGAACUCCCCUGGUUUGUUUUCUGCCUCCCCAUCUGAGAGCAGGAUGUUAAACCACCUCUCCCUCACGAAGGCACUUCUCGCUCUUGGGUCCAUGGUAUCCUGGGUAACUGCAGGAGAGCACGUAAAAGAGGAACAGUACCUUCCUGAUCAGAACCCAUGCAAAGAUCUGUGUCAGAGCGAUAGGUCAUGGCCUGCCGGGCAGAAGUGCUAUAGCACGGGCUGUGAUAAGGCCCGCCAAGCAGACCUCAUGGGAUAUAGGAAAAGAGGUAGUCCCAAAGUUAUUCAGGGGCCAUUCUGUUCUAACUUGUGUACCACACAUAAGGCAUGUCACGCGAAGAGAUGCUGUGCAUUUGGCUGCAACAAGAAAUGUGUGGUCCCACUCUUCAAACAGAAAUUGAGUGAGAAUGGUGGAUGUCCUGCUGACCCUCUUCCAUGCGAGGAGCUGUGUGAUGGGGACACAUCUUGUCCCCAGGGACACAAGUGCUGCAGCACUGGCUGUGGCCAUGCCUGCCGAGGAGACAUCCAGGGAGGGCGGGAUGGCCAUUGUCCCAGAAUCCUGGUGGGCCUGUGUAUUGUCAACUGCAUGGUGGAUGAGAACUGUCAACCCGGGGAAAAGUGCUGCAAGUCAGGCUGUGGCCGCUUCUGCAUCCCCCGGCUCCAGUCACUCAAACAGCUCACAGACUCCAACGGGACUGAUGGGGCUAAUCCUAAAUUAGAGGCUGGAGCAUCCUAGCUUUCCUGACUGUCUGGGGCUCCAGGAAUCUUAUGGAAGCCAAGAGGGGUGACGUCCUGGGGCUUGUGACAUUCCCGCAAUUAUCAGCCCUUCUCUUCUUUGCUUUUACUGCUGCCUGGAUCACAUGGAACAGCCCUGGGGACAGAUACUUCUCUUUCCCAAUAAAGCGCUGGCAUGGACCCUCUUGUCUGUACUGUGCAGGGGCUCAGAUGAGGAUGGAGCUAGUGGGUUUGCCUGUGCAUGGCGCUGGCCUAUGAAACCUAUGGAUUAAAGAAAGAUAGCAGAUUCCUUUUUUUAAAUGUAACACAUAUGAAGAAGAGUAUUAAUGUGUAACCUGAAAUGAUAGUUAAAUAAAUUAGUCAUUGCA